AUGGACGGAACUGUGAGGCCAGAACUGGCCUCCGCCAGUGCCUUUCAGUUUGGAGCUGUUGCCACAGAGACGAUCGAAGAUGCUCUACUUCACUUGGCCCAGCAGAAUGAGCAAGCCGUGCAGGAGGCUGCGGGCCGGAUGGGCAGCUUCAGGGAGACCCGCAUCGUGGAGUUUGUUUUUCUCCUGUCUGAGCAAUGGUGUCUGGAGAAAUCCGUGAGCUACCAGGCUGUAGAAAUCCUAGAAAGGUUUAUGGUUAAGCAGGCAGAAAACAUCUGUAGGCAAGCCACAAUCCAACUGAGAGAUACCGAGAAGACGGAGUCUCAGAAUUGGAGGGCUCAAAAAGAGCAGCUUUUCAACAAGUUUAUCCUCCGUCUUGUGUCGUGUGUUCAGCUGGCCAGCAAACUUUCCUUCCACUACAAAAUAAUCAGCAACGUUACAGUCCUGAAUUUCCUCCAGGCUCUAGGAUAUCUAUACACUAAAGAAGAACUGCUGGAGUCAGAGCUUGAUGUUUUGAAGUCUCUGAAUUUCCAAAUCAAUCUGCCUACUCCCCUGGCAUAUGUGGAGAUGCUCCUAGAGGUUUUAGGAUACAAUGGCUGUUUGGUCCCAGCCACACGGCUGCAUGCAACCUGCCUGACCCUGCUCGACCUGGUAUAUCUUCUGCAUGAACCCAUAUAUGAGAGCCUGCUGAGGGCUUCAAUUGAGAACUCCACACCCAGUCAGCUACAAGGGGAAAAGUUUAUUUCAGUGAAAGAAGAUUUCAUGCUGUUGGCAGUAGGAAUCAUUGCAGCAAGUGCUUUCAUCCAAAACCACGAGUGUUGGAGCCAGGUUGUGGGGCAUUUGCAGAGCAUCACUGGCAUUGCCUUGGAGAGUAUUGCAGAGUUCUCUUAUGCAAUCCUGACUCACAGCGUGGGAGCCAACACUCCAGGGCGACAGCCUAUUCCUCCCCACAUGGCAGCCAGAGCUCUGAGGGCUGCUGCUUCCUCUAACACAUGA